CGUGCCGCAAUUUUAACGAAGUAAAUCAAUUAAAAUGUCCAAAGCAGCCGGUAAACUAAAGUCCCUGAAGAAGACAGUCGAGCGGGUGACGCAUACGAGUAAACUGAAGACCAACAUACCCGCUGGAAUGGCGGCGGCAGGUCCGCCACUCGGACCCAUGCUGGGUCAGCGUGCCAUCAACAUUGCCGCAUUCUGCAAGGACUUCAACACGAAGACAGCGGAAAUGAUUGAGGGCGUGCCUCUGCCCUGCCGCAUAUCUGUAAACAGCGAUCGCAGCUACGACCUGGCCAUACAUCAUCCGCCGGCGACUUUCUUUUUGAAGCAGGCGGCGGGGAUUCAACGAGGAACUAUGACGCCUGGCAAGGAAGUGGCCGGUAUGAUAACUCUUAAGCAUUUGUACGAAAUUGCAGCCAUAAAGAUCCAAGAUCCGCCCAACGCCCUACUGUCCAUGCAGCAAAUGUGUGAGAUGCUCAUUAGCAUUGCACGGACUUGUGGCAUUAAGGUGGUCCGUGACUUGGAUCCAGCGGCCUACGGCGAAUUCCUGGAGGAGCGCAAGACCAUUGUGGAGCAGCAGCGACGUGAGCUCCAAGAGAAGCGAGAGGCAAAGAUGCUGCGCACGGGCUAGUUUGGAAGGAGUUCAAUAUGAAAACUGUUUAAUCGUUAAUAUACAUUUAUAACUAAAGCAAGAAAAUCUAAUCUA